CAAGAUUAUUGAAAUGGACGUGAAUGAGGAAAAUGGAGUCGAGGAAAGCUCGUCUAAAAUAUAUUUGGACUACAAUGCCACAACUCCACUGGAACCAUCUGUCCUGACAGCAAUCCAUAAUGCUUUACGAGAUGCUUGGGGAAAUCCCAGUAGCUCUUAUGCAGCAGGAAAGAAAGCAAGUCACGUGAUCAAAGAAGCCCGUCUCUCAGUGGCUAACAUGAUUGGUGCAUUGGAAAGUGACGUCAUUUUCACAUCAGGAGGUACUGAGGCCAACAACAUGGUGAUCCAUUCAACACUGGAAUACUUCUAUGAGUUUCAUAAAGAAAGGGGAAACCAUAUUUCUGAUUUGAAACCCCAUGUGAUUACAUCAAAUCUUGAACAUGAUUCUAUCCAGCUCCCUCUCCAGAAUCUUGUAAAGCAAGGCAAGAUAGAAGUGACAUUUGUCCCAGCCUCUCAAGACUCUGGUGUAGUGACAGCAGAGGCAAUAUUGAACGAAGUUAGACCAAGCACCUGUUUGGUGACUGUCAUGAUGGCAAAUAAUGAAACAGGGGUAAUUCAGCCAAUUGAAAACAUUUCCAAGGCUAUAAAGGGGUUAAUGAAGAGUCGUCUAUCUCAGGAAAUGCCUAGGGUUCUUGUCCAUACUGAUGCAGCACAAGCCAUUGGUAAAAUUAAAGUGGAUGUGAAUGACCUGGGAGUGGAGUUCCUCACGGUAGUGGGACACAAGUUCUAUGGACCUCGAAUUGGAGCCCUUUAUGUUAGAAAUCCAGUGAGAGACACCCCUAUACACCCCAUGUUUUUCGGUGGAGGACAAGAAAGGAAUUUUAGACCAGGAACAGAAAACACGGGCAUGAUUGCUGGAUUAGGGCAGGCCUCUCAGCUGGUGGUGGAAAACCUGGACCAGUAUCACGAAAACAUGAAAUUGAUAAGAGAUUAUCUAGAGGUCAGACUGGAGGAGAUCUUUGAGGACAAAAUUCAGUUCAAUGGAAAAUUUGAGACAAGUGACCGAAUACCCAACACAUGCAAUGUAUCAUUUAUUGGUGUUGGACUAGAAGGAAGAAAAAUCUUGGCUACUGUUAAAAGAUUCCAAGCAAGUGUGGGUGCUGCAUGUCACUCAGAUGUAGGUUCACGACCUUCUCCAAUCUUAAUUGCCAUUGGAGUUCCUCCCAACAUUGCUAUGAAUGCUCUGCGGCUGAGUGUAGGACGAGACACAACCAAGGAAGAUAUUGAUGUGGUGGUGGAAGACCUGAAGGUCGCUAUUGAAUGUCUAAGGCACAAAUAGAUUAUAAAAAAACUACCUGUGUCAUUUAUAAACUCCAUUCUGAAAAUGGCUGGUAAUAUUCUCAAAUGGCUACACCUGUGUGCCAUUAUCAUUUUAACAAAUAGAUUCCAUUUUGUUUUCCAUCUGUUCAAUGAUUGAUCUCAGAGGAGGUCCAAAACGUGAAAAUCAAAAUGUGGCACAGUGGUGCAGCCACUUGUAUCACUGAUGUGUGUUGCUAACUAUUUAAUUAGUUCUUAGUAAUCAAGAGGGAGGCAUGGUGGCCUCAUGGUUAGUGCACUUGACUCCAGUGAGAGCAGUCUGGGUAUGAGCCCCAGCCAAGGACAUUGUGUUGUGUUCUUGAGCAAGACACUUUACUCUCACAGUGCCUCUCUUCACCCUCACAGUGCCUCUCUUCACCCAGGCGUUUAAAUGGAUACCAGUGAAUUUGAUGCUGGGGGGUAACCCUGCAAUGGACUAGUAUUCCAUCCAGGAGGGAGUAGAAAUACUCCUAGUUGCUUCAUGCUAUGGAAACUGGAGUUAAGUGAAGGCCUGAUGGGCCACUUGGCUUGUAAACAGACUCUACCUUGUACUUAGUACUUGAUGAAACUCGUUCUUCAAGUCUAAAGCCACAGCUUUUAUUUUGGCAACUCUGUUUUGAAACUGCAUGAUCACAAAAUCAGUAACUAAGGUUUUUUUAAGUAGAACUUCCCGCUCUCAAGCAGGUUGAAAACUGACUUGAAUAUUAAAAAGGUCAUUGUAAAGAACUUUUGUAUAAUCAUGAAAUAUCAGGUAUCAAAAAUCAACAAUUUGUACUUUCUUCAAACAUCAGUCUAACACCUGAACUUAGAAAUAAUAAAAGUAAGAAUCGAUAAAAGUAUACAGAUAUACAUGGUACCGAUCGUAGAAGUAGUAUCUUGAAAUCCCUAAACGAAUUCCGAAUCUUUUAACACUGUUCACUAACUAUGAAAAAAAAAUUUGCAACACGAAAAAGUGAUGCAGGAGCUUAGCUUCUUUAAUUCCUAAACUGCUGAUUUAAUUUUACGCGAGAACUUAUGACUGUUUUAAUUGAUAGAAAAUAUAUGCAAGUGUCUAUAAUUAUAGUAUUCCAUCGGUAUGGUUCGACCAAAACUGCAAAUAAGAGUAAUUUCCUGAAAAAGAAAGUUUCUAGAUGCGAAAUAUAUCAAUAUAACUAUA